AUGUCAACCCGCACAGUGCCCAGCUUCCCUUUCGUCCGCCCAAGCGCAGCGCAGCCCCCAACUGAGUUCGGUGAACUGCGAGCUAAAUGCCCCAUCAGCCGUGUCAAGUUGUGGGACGAAUCCGAGCCGUGGCUCGUUGUCAAGCACGAGGAUGUUUGCAGUGUCCUGACUGACUCGAGGUUGUCAAAGGAGCGCCAGCGCCCUGGAUAUCCCGAGAUGACACCGGGUGGUAAGGCGGCAGCGAAGAAUCGCCCGACCUUUGUGGAUAUGGAUGCGCCGGAUCACAUGCGCCAAAGGAGUAUGGUUUCUAGGUUCUUUACGCAGGAACACGUCAACAGCUUGAAACCCUUGAUCUCAGAACUGGUCAAAUCCCACCUGGACAAGCUUGUAGCUAAAGGUUGCGAAACGCCUCUUGAUCUGGUUGAGCACUUUUCCCUACCAAUUCCAUCUCUGGUCAUUUACCAUAUCCUUGGUAUCCCUAUCGAGGACAUCAGGUACUUGACUGAGAUGAAUGCCAUCCGCACCAAUGGUAGUUCCACCGCGUCAGCGGCCCAGAAUGCCAAUCAAGACCUGCUGGAGUAUCUGGCCAAACUAGUCGACAGGCGAGCCACUGAUCCGAAGGACGAUCUGAUUAGUACUCUCAUAGCUGAACAGCUGAACAAUGGCCACCUCGAGAAACAGGACGUCAUCCAGCUCGCGUUCCUGCUGCUCGUAGCGGGAAACGCGACCAUGGUCAAUAUGAUCAACCUAGGUGUAGUCACUCUCCUCGAGAAUCCCUCCCAGCUAGAGGAUCUCAAGAACGAUCCAUCCCUGGCAUCAGCAUUUGUCGAAGAGCUCUGUCGAUUCCACACAGCUUCAGCACUUGCGACCCGUCGAGUGGCCAAGGUUGAUAUCACGCUCCGAGACCAGACAAUCAAAGCGGGCGAGGGCAUUAUCGCCUCCAACCAAUCCGCCAACCGGGACGAAGAAGUAUUCUCUGACCCGGAUACCUUCAACAUCCAUCGGAAGAUAGACUCGGUCAAGAACCUCGCGUUCGGAUUCGGUGAUCAUCGUUGUGUCGCCGAGGCACUUGCGCGUGCAGAGUUAGAGGCGGUCUUCGAGAAUCUGUUCCAGACACUUCCUGGCCUCAAGCUGGCGAUAAAUCAUGCUGAUAUCAAGUACUCUGCUCCACACAAGGACGUUGGAAUUCUUGAGCUGCCGGUUGUUUGGUGA